AAUGACGCAUUUUCUUUUUCUAAAACAAAUGCUCUGAAGAAAGGAGUUGAGUUGCUGCACAGGAAAAUUGUCAAAUUUCAAAAAAGUUUGCUGAGUAGCAAUAUUUACGUUAGCACGUUAAUAAAGAUAUCACCACCCAAAUUAGAGACACUAUUAACUGACAGUUAAUAUCGAGCUGGUUGGUUUGAACCAGCAGCAUUGCGUUGCGGUCUGUCAGCAGAUCAAAGUCUAUGUUCCCAACAGUCGCGCGGUUCUAGUGAUGGCAGAUUCCAGUCCUCCUAAAACACUGAACUUUAACUUUGGUGUCCUCGGCCAUGUGGACAGCGGAAAAACGUGUCUUGCCCAUGCGCUGAGCAGCAUCGCAUCCACCGCAGCCUUCGACAAGAACCCGCAGUCCAAAGAGCGGGGCAUCACGCUGGAUCCCGGCUUUAGUGAGUUUACGGCGCCCUUAGGAGCACUUGAGAGAAUACUGAGGGGACAGAGGAUACGACAGUCUACAGUUCACACUGAUGGACUGCCCGGGACAUGCGUCCCUCAUACGCACCAUCUUUCAUCAUAUGCAUACUACCUGAAGAACCUGUCAGUGCAUCUGACAACUCUAUCCAGAACUACCUCUUAUGAUCAGUAGGUGGUGUGUAUAGUAUUUGAAGUGGUCAUGUUAAUAAAGACUGAAAUAUGAUAUAAUAGACAGAUUUUUUAUGGAAGUUUUUUUUUUUACUUUUAUACAAAAUAUAAAAUGGAAUCUUAAAAAUAUGCAUGUUUCCUGAUAUUAUAGUAUGAUACAGAAGAAUAUGGCGCUCACAUUUAAAGAAGCAAAAACAUUAAUUCUAUGAAACUUUAAUGCAAUUCAGUGAUAUUUCU